AUGUCGGAUGCACCAACGAAAACAACACAUUCAAAGAAGAGGAAAAAAGGGAGGCUCUAUAUAGCAUUUCUAGUAGUAGCCUUGCUUGGUGGUUGCUUGCCAAUAUUAUUGAGCAGCAAUUUCACUCAUGAAUUCUCCAUCAUUGGUAGUGACUUCAACUUACCGUACCUGCAUGCUGGAGGUUCCAAUGUCAAUGCCAAGGAGGAGGAUGCACAAAAUGUCAAGGAGGACUCACCAAAAGAUUCAACGAAAAAGGAAAAAGAAAAAAGAAGUAGCAGAGUAGCUGGCCUUGAUUGCAAACCCUGGGGUGGUCCUCCAAACGAGGCAGCAGCCGAAAUGGUGUAUUGGGAAGACAUUCCACAAGAUUCCAGUCAUCUCAGUCCAUUUUACAAUCCAGAGGCACCGCCUCAAUUUUUUUCGUUUGAAAUGGACUUUGCAGGAUGGAAUAAUGUUCGAAUGUCAAUGGAAACACUCAUGGGCAUUGCAUUGGCCAUGGGUCGGACGUUGGUUAUGCCACCGGCACAAGAGGUUCACAUGCUGGAAAGUUCGGACGAAAACCAAAAGAAUGAAUUUUCAUUCAGCCACUUUUUCCCAAUAGAGCAUGUCAAUGAAGAGUUUGACCACUUUGCAAUAAUUUCGAUGCACGAGUAUCUGCAACUCUUCUUGGAAGGAAAGUUCGAAGACAAGCAUGGAAAGAUACUCUUCCCACCAGGGAAUAGAACGCAUUGGGAUGGAGCCAAAGAAGAGGAUAUAGCUGUUUUAAACACAUGGCUGCGAGAUGUUUCGAUGCGACUGCGGUGGAAGGCGAACAGAUGUUUAGGCGCAUUCCCAAAAUCACCAGAUCCGGAAGACUUGCAUCAGUUGACGGUGGAUCUGGAGAAUCUUACCAAGACAGGACUUCCAGAAGAGAGAGAUCUUAUAAAUAAAAAGCCUUACGAUGUGGACGGGGACUCACGUGAACGCAUGCGACAUCACAUUGCAAAACGCGAGAGACUUUGCUUGUACAGUACCAAGUUGCAGAAAGCUCAAAGGGUUCACUUUCCAAUGAUGUGGGAUGAAGAAUUUGGAAAGUCACGAAUGCUGAUACAUUUCUAUGAAUUUCUUUUCUUUCAAGACUGGAAGCAAGAUUUGUGGAUCAAGAGAUUCAUGAGGGACCAUAUUCGAUAUGUGGAUGAAAUCCAGUGUGCAGCAGCAAGAGUGGUGCACAAAAUUCGAGGUCAUGUUCACGCACGCACUGGUGGGAAAACGAGGGAGUUUGAUACCUUUCACAUUCGAAGAGGUGAUUUUCAAGACCAGUACAAGUCCGCAGUUGUAUCAGCCGAGGACCUUUUAAAAAUUGCAAAAACUCAAAUUCCAGAAAACUCUACUGUCUACAUUGCGACAGAUGAGGAGGACGACGAUUACUUCAAGCUUUUGGAGACACACUACAAUGUUCUAUAUCUCGAUGAUUUUAAGCAUGAGUUGGCUGGAGUAAAUAGCAAUUACAUGGGUAUGAUUGACCAGCUAAUCGCAAGUAGAGGGCGGGUAUUCAUGGGCUGCUUUUAUAGCACCUUUACUGGUUAUAUUAAUCGGUUGAGAGGUUACCAUGCAGACGCUGCAAAGGCACAUGAUUACGAAAGAGGAAUAAUCAACAGCUACUACUACGCACCAGACUUUGUACAUCUGAGAAUGCGAAUGUACUUUCCUAUCUGGGAACCAUAUUGGGCGCGUGAGUACUCGAAUAGCUGGAGACAAAUUGACAAAGGUAUAGACCCGUAA